CAAGAUGGCUGUCCCCAAAGCGAAGGGCUAUCGGCCGAGAUGCUUCUUUGAUGUUCAAAUAAAUGGAUCUCCAGGUAAGAAACGUUAAAUUCCUCGGAUAAAAUGUUUCCAUGGGCUGUUGUGUUUCAAAGUCAAGUCAUUUGGGCCAUAACUCCAUAAUAAUUAUUGGAAAUAAUCAAGCUCGUGUCUAGAUAACCUACAGCCGCAAACUGUUUCGGCAUUCAGAAAUUUUGAGCAAUUUUCUCGAAAUAGCUCGUUUAAUUCUUCUAACAACAUAAGGUAUUUGUUGAGAAAUCUCAAGCGAUUAUAAAUAUUGCCUUGGGUUAAAAGUAGAAGCGACUGUCGAGCGUGGGCAUAGAGUAAAAUCGGAAUGUUUUCCGACACUUAGAGAAUAUUCAAGUUCUGACACACUAAGUCAACUCCCGAUGAAUAUCCACAGAAAUUAUCAACGAAACCUCACCAGAGUAUUUAGUGCUUGUUCAGAAAUGCCAAGCGAUUCUAAAUAAAGGUUUCGUCUUGUUGUCGACAAAUUCUCCGCGCUUGCAUUGUAAGCAUAUUCUUUAGAAUCUUGACUUCAGCUCCAUCCAACCAGUACAAAUAAAGUUCUCACUUUUGAAUCGUCUAGAUAGGUCAAAGGCAGCUGGCCCUGACAAGAUAUCUGCUAGGCUCAUUCGGGAAUGUGCAGAUCUCAUUUGCAUUCCUAUCCGUGAUAUUUUUAACCAGUCAAUAAGUCAAGGCAUAUUUCCGGAUGACUGGAAAUGCGCAAAGGUCACCCCACUUUUUAAACAAGGCGAUCGGGACGACUUAAACAAUUAUCGUCCAAUUUCGGUGAUCUCAGUUAUGGCCAAGGUCUUUGAAAGAAUCGUCUAUGAUCAAUUAUAUGCCUACCUAGAAGAGCACAAUAUAAUCUGUAAAUAUCAAUCAGGCUUUCGCGCUAUUCACUCAACUGUCACGGCUCUCCUUGAGGCCACGGACACUUGGGCGUACAAUAUUGACCGCGGUAAAAUCAACGCCGUUGUUUUCUUAGAUCUCAAAAAGGCCUUCAACACAGUUGACCAUGAGAUCCUUUUAUCAAAAUUAAGCAAUUACGGCAUAUAUGGUAACGCGCACCAAUGGUUUAAGUCGUAUUUAGAGAAUCGUACUCAAAUGUGCUCCAUCAACGGAUCGCUCUCUCAAAGCUGUUUAUUAAGUUGUGGUGUUCCCCAGGGGACGAUUUUAGGUCCAUUAUUAUUUCUGUUAUACAUCAACGACCUUCCAAACUGUCUUUCAAAUUGUGAGCCGAGGAUGUACACUGAUGACACCCACCUUACGCACGCAGGUGAUAAUGCAGACAAUAUUCAGUUGCAUCUAAAUCAAGAUUUAGAAAAUGUUCACAAUUGGCUGAGAGCAAACAAACUUACUCUAAAUAAGACUAAAACCGAAUUUAUGCUUAUCGGAUCUAGGGGGGGUUAGUACUCUCACAGAGUCCCCGACAUUUGCAAUUAAUAAUUUUGAAGUUAGCCAGGUCACUACUGCAAAAUCACUAGGAGUGACCAUCGAUGACAGACUUGAUUGGAGUGGCCAUAUCGAGAAAGUAACAAAGAAAGUCGCUUCUGGUAUUGGGGCCAUAAAACGAAUAAGGCACCUUGUCCCUCAGGCGACCUUACAACUAAUAUAUCAAGCUUUAAUACAGCCACACUUUGAUUAUUGCAACAUUGUUUGGGGAAACUGUGGGAUAACCUUACGGAAUAAGGUUCAAAAGCUACAAAACAGAGCAGCCUGUGUUUUGACCUACUCAAGCUAUGACGUAGAUGCUGGUCACCUUUUCAAACUUCUAGGGUGGAAAAACCUAGCUUGCCAGCAACAAUUUCAAAGAGCUACGAUGGUUUACAGGUCUCUGCACGGGUUGGCUCCAAACUAUCUUAGUUCUAAAUUUGAAAGGCGAGAAGGGACCUAAGGGACUCUGAAAAUAAACUCAAUGUUCCAUUAACGCGCACAAACUAUUACAAAAACAGCUUCAGCUAUAGUGGUGCCAUUCUCUGGAACAGUCUUCCUUGUAACUUAAGGGAAGCAGAGUCCCUUGGGCAAUUUAAACGAUUACUCAAAGAACUGUAAGGCACGGCAUUCGUGGAAAGCAGCUUUUUUAUUUAAAUAUUUUUAUUAUAUUAGUUUUAGGCAUUUUUUUCAAGCUGACGAAUUUUGUACCGUGGAUAAACAAAGAUUAUCUAUCUAUCUAUCUAUCUAUCUAUCUACUCACGGGUAUGGUUUUCAAAAUACUAGAUGCCCGGCAGUCAGAAAUUCACGUCCAAUUUACACGAAAUAUCUCAUUUACUUUGUGUAAAAACUUCAGGAAGUUGUUUAGUCUUGUAACAUAGAAAGAGAAGUAGGUGGGUACAAAAGAAGGCAGGUUUGAAAGAACCUCAAAUCUAAAACUUUUAAAUCUUGCUUGAUUGAAAUUAAGAAUCAAUUUUGCAUUCUUUGGAGCUGGCAGGAUUAUUUUUGAACUGUUUGCUGACAUCUG